GCUGCCUUGGCUAAGUCUGCGAAAUGGCCUUGUUGGGCGCUCGCACGGCGUCAACUGGCGGGCAGAGAUGCUCUUCCAUUAGUUCUGUAGCCCCUGUUAGCGCUGUCCAUAUUAGCUGCUCCCAAUAGCAAUAGAAAAUAACAUGAGACGUCUAAGAGUAUCCCCAGAGACACAAUCUUGUAUAUGCAGCAAGACGUUGCAACGAAGAUGGAUCCCAACGGAGGCGUUCGGAUCGCGCUGAAAUUCCGCCCCGAACAAAUAUUAUUGCCUCGAGACUGAGCACAACGGCUUCGCCGACGCUUGACGAAGGACAGGGGACGACUGUCUCUCGCUGUUUCUAUAUUUGCCUACUUGAUGAUUCGAUCGACGGCUAGGAUGCUCCAGCCAUGGCUCCCCCGCAACCCCAGAGCAGCGUGUUCGCUUGUCUGCUCACGGUGCCACCAGGCCUUGGUCCUUCAACAACGUCCCCGAAUCGCUCGCAGGAUAUCCCAAUCGAUUUCUUUUCGGUCAUCACGGUGGCUACAGACUGAAUCGGCCAGCUCGGCGGACCCCGUGCCGCUUCGAAAGCAGCUCAAACAAGAGGCGAAGGCGUUGCGAGCCCGUAAACGACAGACCAAACAGGACGAGGAAGCCUCACGGCGUGGGUGGGAACUGACCGUGGGAAUCGAGAUACACGCGCAGCUAGACACAGAGGCCAAGUUGUUCUCCCGAGCGGCAACCUCGACCAGCGACAUCCCCAACACGAAUGUGGCCCUGUUCGAUUUGGCAUUCCCCGGUAGCCAACCGGAAUUCCAAGUCGCAACCCUCCUUCCUGCCCUACGCGCCGCCAUCGCCCUGAAUUGCGAGAUCCAACCAGUCAGCCGCUUUGAUCGGAAACAUUACUUUUACCAGGAUCAACCUGCAGGUUAUCAAAUUACACAGUAUUAUGAGCCUUUCGCGAAACACGGGUACGUGGACUUGUUCGACUACGAUGGCAUUGCUCCGGAAGACGGGAGUCGGGUACGAGUCGAGAUCAAACAGGUCCAGCUCGAGCAGGACACGGCCAAGUCGCAAGAAUACCCUCCGUCGAUGCAGCUGCUCGAUUUCAACCGCGUCUCGCAUCCUCUUAUCGAGAUCAUCACCUUGCCGCAGAUUCACACCCCGGCCACUGCCGCCGCCUGUGUGCGAAAGAUCCAGGCCAUCCUGCAGUCGUGUGGCGCCGUUACCACCGGCAUGGAGCUAGGCGGACUCCGCGCCGACGUCAACGUUUCCGUUCGUCGGCGCGACGAGGCUCCCGGGACACACCAGUACCAUGGGGUCGGUGGGCUGGGCCAGCGCACCGAGAUCAAGAACCUGAGCAGUUUCAAGGCGGUGGAGGACGCAAUCGUGGCAGAGAAGAACCGCCAGAUCGCCGUGCUAGAGAGUGGCGGUGUGAUUGAGGGCGAAACGCGCGGCUGGACGAUCGGUAGCACCGAGACCCGGAAGCUGAGAAGCAAAGAGGGCGCUGUGGAUUACCGCUACAUGCCUGAUCCGGAUCUCGCGCCGCUGGUCAUCGACCCAGGUCUCACGGCCCAACUCAAGGAGACCCUGCCCACCUCCGCCGACGAUCUGGUGGAACUGCUCCGGGGCCCCGCAUACGGGCUCUCCAUCGAAGACGCGAAGCCGCUCAUCGAGCUCGACGAUGGGGCUCGGUUGGAGUACUUCAUGGACGUGGUGGACCUCCUCCGGAUCCUCCAGCAAGACGAGGAUGCGAAAUCGGUCGACAGACUCGGCCGAAUCGUGGGCAACUGGGUCCUCCACGAACUCGGCGGGCUGCUGACCAAAGGCGAGCUCGCCUGGGACGCGGACCGAGUGUCCGCCCCGUCGCUGGCCGAGCUAAUCGACCAACUCCACCGGAAGCACAUCACGGGCGCGACGGCGAAGCUUGUCCUGACCAUGCUAUUCGACGGGGACCAGCGGCCCAUCCGCCAACUGCUGGAGGAAGAGAAUCUCCUGCUGCGCCCGCUGUCGCGGGACGAAUACGUCGCUCUAGCCGAGACGGUGAUGAGCCAGAACCUCCGUAUGGUCGAGCAGAUCCGCACCAAGAACCAGGUGGGCAAACUCGGCUGGUUUGUCGGACAGAUGAUGCGGACGGGCGAGAAAGGCCGCGUCGAGGCCCAGAGGGCGGAGGAGGUCUUGCGGGAGCUGAUUCUAGGCUCAUAGCAUGUACAAUAGUGAUACCCUUAUAACUACAAAGCACUGAACAAUAGGAUUCAUCCGUCGUCUCUUCUCCUCUCUUGGCAGUCUUGUUUCUUCUCCAGCCGUCACCAGGAAUGUCCCACCGUCAUCUGUAGAAGCCCUCCUGGCCCCCUCG